GCCGGGUGCGGGGGACCGCAGCGCCGAGAAGGGGGAGCUCAGCGCGAACGUGGGGAAUUGCACCGCGCUACCCCGGCCCCCACCAGCAGCCUCCCCGGGAGCGGCACUUCCACUACCUCUUCCACCGCCUCCGGCUGCUCCCAGCCCGGACCCCGCGGCCCGGACCUGUAUUUUGUGCUGAUCUCCGCGUCCCCACUUCCACUCCGGAGGGUGACCAGCAGCAGCGAUGCCAGGCGUGUGGGACAGCCUCUCUUCCCCGCUGCCUCCCAUUCCAGAGCAGAGAGAGAACCAGCCCUCACCCAUCUUCUCCCGGGGAAAGAGCUGGCAGCAGGAAGUGCCCGAUCGCUGUGUCAGAGCGGAGAGCUCCGACUGUGAAUCCCUGGACAGCAGCUUGAGCUGUGAAGGAGAUGCAGAGUACUUGGAUGAAGUUUCUUUGCCAGACUUUGACUUGUUAAAUGACCCAGAAGAUGAACUCCUAUGUAAUAAUCUCAUGAAACUAAUCCAAGUCAGUCUGAACAAAGCCAACAUCAAUUCCAGGCGUUGCUCCAGACUUGUGAUGCCAAGCCAACUCGUCACUCAAGUCAGCAAAGAACUGCUUCACCUGGCUUAUAGUGAGCCCUGUGGCCUGAGAGGUGCCCUCAUUGACCUGUGUGUUGAACAAGGGAAGGGGUGUCACAGUGUGGGGCAGAUUGCAGUGGAUCCAAAUCUUGUGCCUACUUUCCAGCUGACCCUUGUGCUAAGACUGGACUCCAGGCUCUGGCCUAAAAUCCAGGGACUUCUUAGCUCUGGGACUUCUUUCACUCCUGGUUUCAGUCAGUCGCUGAAGCUGAGCACUGGAUUCAGAGUCAUUAAAAAGAAGCUUUACAGCUCUGAGCAGUUGCUAAUAGAGGAGUGUUGAAGGCGCCUCAUAGAGGAAUAACUGAUCAUUACUCUUUGAACUGGUGUAGAGCACCAGGAGAAACUGGAGUGACAACUUAAGUGCUUUGAAAAAGUGAACAUAAGCUGGUUAAAAUGUGGCAACUCUUUAGAGUCACCAAGGUUAGGUUAGUUUGGAGCAUGAUUGUACAAUUACAGAAGGAAAUAGUCCAAACAGAGAGGGAGGGCAAGAAGGAAGCUUGCUGGAAAACAAAACUGCACCCUGCUUCCCUCACUCUCAGAGUGGGCAUGGAUAGCAAGUGAGUGCUAGCUGUAACCUUUCGGUGAUUGUAGGACAAUUUUAUUGUACUGACUUCUUCAAUUAGUCUUGUGACAGUGCUGAUGCCAUAUGCAGCAGCAGGGCUGCUUUGGGGGUAGACAGUCUCCCUAUUCCUGGCGGGUUUUUUUUUUUAAAUAACAAAAUACAUUGCAAUCAAUGUGGUGGGUUUUUUUUUUGUGGGGGGGGGUGCAUGUGUAUGAGUGAAUGGUGGUUAAACUUCUGUCUAAUGGGACCAAGUAUAUGUAUUUGGAUCAGAUGAUGCUCCACUACUGACAUUAGGGCAGCUAUAUAUAGACUCCAAGUGAAUGUAGAAACAGGAGUUGUUGGGUUGUAAUCACUUCAUAUAUUUGAUGCUUGAAGCAAAUGCUGCUGGGAGCUGCCUACAGCACUCCAAUACUGCAUGCCAGAGGGAGGUGUGAUGUGAUGCUAGGAUGAGGGCAGGAACCCUCACAAACAACCUAUAUGAUACGCCAUGUAGUGCUUCCGUUGAUUACAGUUUACAUUAAUACACUUGAUGUUCAAGUGCAAGCCUUUCUAUGCAAUUGUAUUGUUUUUUGGGUGUUUUUUACUUUUCUAAUAAAACCUUUCUAAUUGA